UUUUCUGUUUUUCAAGGGUGGAACAAUUACAAGGGAAGAAAAGCCUCCAUAUGGAAUGAUAAACACUGCCAUGUGCAGGUGCCCUUCGGCAAGAUAGGAAUGCAAGAACUGAUGGACCAGAACUCAAAGCUCUCUCUCUCUCUCUCUCUCUCUCUUCUCUGUGUCAUCAUCAUUAUCUGUCUCGAAACAAUGGGGAGAGGUUCGAAGAGGAAGGCGAGCCAGAAAGAAGAAAUCAAAUCUCCUGAGGAGCUCCCUAAGGAAUCUGCUUCCAGCAGAGUCAAACGAGUCAAAGCUCCUGUUGCUCGUAAACCUGAAUCUGAGCCUGAAUAUUUUCCAGAUAAGCACAAUCUGGAAGAUUUGUGGCAAGCUGCAUUUCCUGUAGGCACAGAGUGGGAUCAACUGGACUCGGUCUAUCAGUUCAAGUGGGAUUUUUCACACUUGGAAAAAUUAUUGGAAUAUAAUGGAGAGCUUCAUGGGAAAAAGGUUUACCUCUUCGGUUGUACAGAAUUUCAAACGGUCAAAUUCAAGGGUGAAGAUAAAAUAAUCUGCAUUCCUGCUGUAGUGGCGGUUGUGUCUCCUUUUCCCCCUUCUGAUAAGAUUGGUAUAACAUCAGUUCAAAGGGAGACUGAAGAAAUAAUACCAAUGAAGCAAAUGAAAAUGGACUGGGUUCCUUAUAUUCCUUUAAAAGAUAGGGACAAUCAAGUUGAGAGAAUGAAGUUGCAAAUUUAUAUACUGAGCUGCACUCAAAGAAGGGCUGCUUUGAGAAACCUGAAGCUGGAGCAUAUCAUGAAGUAUCAGUAUUGUCUACCUUAUUUCUACCAGCCUUUGAAGGAGGAUGAACUUGAGCAGAGUACAAUUGUUGAUAUCUUAUAUCCGUCUGAACCAGAACCUGUCGUUUGUGAUUUUGACUGGAAAUUUGAUGAACUUGAGGAAUUUACUGAUGACCUAAUUAAAGAGCAAAAAUUAUCUGAAGAUCAGAAAGAUGCUUUCAAGGAAUUUGUCAAGGAGAAAGUCAGAGAAGCGGCAAAAGCUAAUCAAGAGGCAAGUGAAGCUCGGAAAAAAGUCCUAGAGGAAAUGAGUGAGGAGACUAAAGCAGCAUUUGAGACUAUGCGGUUUUACAAGUUCUAUCCUGUACAAACACCUGAUACCCCCGACGUAUCCAAAGUAAAGGCUUCCUUUAUAAAUCGGUACUAUGGGAAGGCUCAUUAUAUUGUGGAUGAUGACGGCUACCCACGAGAUUCAGAU